AUGUACUUCUUCUUUUUAUAUCUCUUUAUUGCCCUUGCCACCUCAGUAGAGGCCCAGAAGGGUAACUACUCAGGCUCGCGGCACCUUUGGUAUAAUAGUCCUGGGAGCGAUUUCAGAUCAUCUCUACCCAUUGGCAACGGCAGACUGGGUGCACUAGUUCAAGGUUCCAUCUCGGAGAAAAUUAUCAUCAACGAAAACUCGGUAUGGAGCGGUCCCUUUCAAGACCGUAUCAAUCCCAGCUCCUUAGAAGGAUUUCCCAAGGCUCGCAAAUUGUUGACUGAAAACAACUACACGGGAGCUGCGGGGUUCGCAGCAAGUGACAUGUACGGAAAACCCCCACAGAACAGGUGGUACAGCGUGACAGGAAACCUGCUGUUGGAUUUUGGGCAUCAGGAGGAGCAAAUCUCGAACUACGAGAGAUGGCUUGACACUCUGGAGGGCAACGCUGGUGUCAGCUACGAUGUCAAUGGAGUCACAUACACUCGUGAAAUUGUAGCCAACUUUCCUCUUGGCGUCAUUGCAGCGCGUUUCACGGCAAGCAAAAAUGGUUCGCUCAACAUCGGCGUGAGCCUUGACCGCGACAGAGGCGUCAUUAGUAACCUCGCAGUUGAAGGGGCAAAUAACAUCACGAUGGAUAUUGGAGGCUCAGGAGCGGACGCGAUUCCUUUCACUGCAGGCCUUCGUGUCUUUUCAAAUGAUGGGACCAUAAAGGCAGACGGAUCUUCCUUGAAUAUCACGAAAGCCUCCACAGUUGAUCUUUUCUUGGAUGUAGAAACAAGCUUCCAGUGGAGUUCCGAGUCUGACUGGAAGGCUGGUCUUGUGAACAAGCUAGACAAGGCAGUCAAGCGUGGGUUCGAGUCUCUCAAAGCGGAAGCCAUCUCAGACCAUCAGAGCUUGAUGGAACGCGUGGCCCUCGAUCUCGGAUCAAACAACAGCACCUCGAGUCAGCCAACUGAUAAACGAGUCAGUGCAUACGCGAGUAACCCAAACGAUGACCCUGAGUUUGUUACGCUGAGUUUCCAGUUUGGCCGUCACCUGCUUGUCUCUGCCUCUAGAGACACUGGCGGUCCUGGCUUAGGAGUCCCAGCAAACUUGCAGGGUAUUUGGAACGACAUGUAUAAUCCUCCCUGGGGAAGUAAAUUUACCGUCAACAUCAACACAGAGAUGAAUUACUGGCUAGCUGAGACAACCGACCUCCCGGAAACCCUCAGGCCACUGUGGGACCUCAUGUAUCGCAGCCUUGAUAGAGGAUCAGAAGUUGCCGCCAAGAUGUAUGGCUGCCCAGGCUAUGUGUCGCACCAUAAUCUUGACCUCUGGGGUGAUUCGGCCCCUCACGACAGUGGUACGGCUUAUACCAUCUGGCCAUCGAGUAACCUCUGGCUCUCUCAGCAUAUGAUGGAGCACUAUCGAUUUACUGGUGACAAGACGUUUUUGAGAGAAAAGGCUUGGCCAUUAUUCAAAGACAUCGCGGCAUUUUUUGACUGCUAUCUCUUUGAGUUUAAUGGUAAAUGGACCUCUGGGCCUUCCACUUCGCCCGAGAAUGUUUUCAUUAUUCCUAAGGAUGGGGCAAAGGCUGGUAGCAAAGAGUCUCUCGAUAUUUCCAUCACUAUGGAUAACUCUCUGCUGCGCGAAUUCUUCUCCAACGUCAUCGAGGCUGCAGGCAUCCUUGGCGUUGAUCUUAGCACAGAUAAGGUCCUUUCAAAGGUAGAGGCCUACCGGGAUGGUUUACGACCUACCGAAAUCGGCGCUCGAGGUCAGAUUCAAGAGUGGCGCCAUGACUAUACAGAAGGUGAACCGGGACACCGCCACUACUCACACCUCGUCGAUCUCUUCCCUGCCAGAGCAAUGUCCCCUCUUCUCAACAAGACUCUUGCGAAUGCAGCCCAGAAGAGUAUUGAACUUCGACUCGCUGCGGGUGGUGCGUCCACUGGCUGGUCACGCGUGUGGACAGCAGCACUUUAUGCUCGAUUGCUCAACGGCGACAAGGCUUAUGGCAACAUUCAGACUCUACUUGGUCGCCAUCCCGCCACCAACCUAUUUCACAAUAUCGAACCUGGCCAGGCAUUCCAGAUUGACAGUAACUAUGGUCUAGUAGCUGCUCUGGCGGAGACUCUAGUCCAAAGCCAAGCCGGCGUUGUGCAUAUCUUGCCUGCACUGGGCUCCCAGGUGAAGACUGGUUCUGUUUCUGGACUUGUGGCCCGUGGGGGCUUCCAAGUAUCCAUCGUUUGGGAGAAUGGGCUCCUCGUGGAAGCAAAAGUCAAAUCCAGACUAGGCAAUUCUCUGAAAGUAAGGGUUGCGGGUGGUUCAAGCUUUGAGAUCGAUGGAAAGGGAGUAAAUGAGGUUGAGACCACGUCAGGACAAACAUAUACUAUUACUCUCGCCUGA